AUGCCUACUGAAUCAGGAUCAGGAACUCAACUGGCAGAAGGAGACGGCUCUAGCGCAACCGAUGGCGACAUAGGGUUCAUCCGGCGUGGCUUCGGAGAAGUACAUGCUGUCAGGCAAGGUCUUUACCAACGGCACCUUCAGAUGAUCGCUCUUGCUGGCACAAUUGGCACAGGUCUAUUCCUCAGCUCUGGCCAAGCACUUGUAACGGCAGGCCCACUGGGUGCAUUCCUUGCCUAUUCUAUCGUUGGCCUUGGUGUUAUGAGCGUCGUCCUGACGGUGGGAGAGAUGGGUGCCUUAGUACCGCUCAGUGGCGGUGUCGUGCGUUAUGCGGAAUACUUCUUUGACCCAGCCAUGGCUUUUGCCAAUGGAUGGAAUCAAGUAUACUUAUACUCAGUCACUCUCCCUGCUGAGAUAGUGGCAGCCUCGGUUCUGAUUGAAUUCUGGAUCAUCAUUAACAACGCAAUCUGGAUUACCGUCUUCAGCCUCCUAGUGCUUAUCACUGCGCUGGUGUUCGUCAGAAUCUAUGGAGAGCUUGAGUUUUCAUUCGCUAUCUUGAAAAUUCUGCUAAUCGUUGGGGUCAACAUUAUGGCGCUAGUGAUUACUUGCGGCGGAGGACCAACUGGUCAAUCUAUCGGUUUUAGAUACUGGAGAGACCCAGGGCCUUUUGUUCAGUAUUUUGGGAUCAAAGGUGCUCUUGGCCGGUUCCUUGGUUUCUGGACCACACUAGAGAAUGCAAUCUUUGCAUACUCGGGGAUCCAGAAUAUCACGAUCCCAGCGGCUGAGACCAGGUAUCCGCGCCAAUCAAUACCACAGGCGACCAGGCGCGUCUUGUACCGCAUCAUCCUCUUCUAUGUCCUGUCAAUAUUCAUGAUGGGCUUGGUUGUUCCAUCGAAUGAUCCUACUCUUCUUCAACUGACUGGCACGGCUUCUCAGUCCCCAUUUGUUAUCGCGGCUCAUCGGGCGGGGAUCAAGGUCGCACCCUCAGUUAUUAACGCUAUUAUCAUUACAUCCGCCUGGUCUGCUGGCAAUUCCUAUAUCCUUUUUGGGUCCCGCAUUCUCUAUGGCAUGGCGGUCCAUGGCCAUGCUCCUGCAGUAUUCAAACGGCUGAACCGGUUCUCUGUCCCUUAUGUGGCUAUCAGCUGCAUAGGAAGCUUCAUGUGCUUGGGAUAUAUGUCCCUUUCCCACUCAGCUACUGUGGUCUUUCAAUGGCUACGUGAUAUUGUAGCAGUUGCAACAUUGGUGGACUGGCUCAUCGUCUGCAUCGUCUACCUCCGAUUCUACUACGGUUGCAAGAAGCAAGGAGUCGACCGACACAGAGAGCUUCCAUGGGCCGCGCCCUUCCAGCCCUACUUCACCUGGGCGUCUCUGACCUUGUUCACCCUCUUGCUUAUCACUGGUGGCUUCAGCACAUUCAUCAGCGGCCACUGGGAUACCGAAACCUUUAUCUCAUCGUACAUCAACAUCCCAAUCGUCCUAGGUCUAUAUUUGGGCUAUAAAUUCUGGAGGAAAACGCGCAUUAUCGCCUUGGAUACUAUCCCGCUGGUCGGUCUGCUUCAGUUCUACCUGUCCCACGAAGAGGUCGAACCGGAACCACAGCCUAGAAAGGGGUUGGCAAAGUUCAACAUUCUUUGGUAG